GUUGUUCGGUGUGACUUCUCUUACUCAGACAAACUGCUCAAGCACUUGGAUGAUCAUCAAAAAUCAAGAGUUACAUUGGUAUCACCAUGCUAAUCCAAUCUUACUGCUGGUGAUGUACUACACCCUCGCAACUCUUAUCCGUCUUUGGCUACAAGAGCCCAUUCAGAUGCCUGAUGAAGAGAAGUCUGUUAGCAGGGAAGAUGACAAAGAAAUAGCCUGCAGCCCAAUUCCAAUGACAGCGGAGAGAAGACGCAGUCUGUGGUAUGCAAGCCACUAUACAACUGAUGAGAGAAAACUUCUGUCAAUGACCCAAGAUGAAUACAAGCCAUCGGAUGUGCUGCUGGUAACAGUGAAUGGGAACCCUGCUGACUAUCACACCAUCCACCCCACACUGCCUUUAGAAAAUGGUCCAGCCAAAGCAGACAUGUACUCAACACCACAGUACAAAUGGGAGCCUUCGGAUGGUAUGUCAGAAAAGGAAGAGGAGGAGGAGGAGGAAGAGGAAGAGGAAGUUGCUCAGGAGGAAAAAGAAAAUGUUAAAUUACAUGCCCUGGUCUCGGUGUUCCAAUUUAUUAUGAAACAAAGUUACAUUUGUGCUUUGAUAGCUAUGAUGGCGUGGAGUAUCACGUAUCACAGCUGGUUGACUUUUGUGUUACUGAUCUGGUCUUGCACAUUGUGGAUGAUUCGGGACCGAAGGAAAUAUGCCAUGAUCAGUUCACCAUUCAUGGUUUUCUAUGGAAAUUUACUGCUAACGUUGCAGUAUAUAUGGAGUAUUGAGCUCAAGAAUGACGAGCUUCCUCAAGUAUCUGGUUUUCUAGAAAGAAAGGAACCUGGGGAGUUGGCAUCAAAGAUUCUUUUCACAAUUACUUUCUGGCUACUGCUUAGGCAACACCUCACUGAACAGAAAGCACUUCGGCUAAAAGAAGCUACUUUAUCUGAGGUCAAAGUUGGAAGUGAAGAAAAUGAAGAAAAAGAAGAGGAGUUGCAAGAGGGAGAAAUGGCAGAAGAACAAGAGGAAGAGAAGGAGGAGGAGGAGGAGGAAGAGGAUGAUGAGGAUGAACAGGAUAUUAUGAAAGUCCUGGGGAAGCUGGUGAUGGCUAUGUUCAUCAAGUACUGGAUUUACGUCUGUGGGGGCAUGUUCUUCUUUGUCAGCUUUGAGGGAAGAAUUGUCAUGUACAAAAUCAUCUAUAUGGUACUGUUCCUCUUCUGUGUGGCCCUCUAUCAGGUGCACUAUGAAUGGUGGAGAAGGAUUUUAAAAUACUUUUGGAUGUCAGUGGUUGUUUACACGAUGUUAGUACUUAUUUUCAUCUAUACAUACCAGUUUGAGUCAUUCCCUGGCUUGUGGAAGAACAUGACAGGCCUGGAUGAAAACAAACUAGCGGACCUUGGCUUAAAACAGUUUUCUGUGGCUGAGCUAUUCACACGCAUCUUUAUCCCCACCUCCUUCCUACUGGCGUGUAUCUUACACCUUCACUAUUUCCAUGACCGUUUUCUCCAGCUCACUGAUUUAAAAGCUGUAACCAGCAAACAGGACAACACUAUUUACAGACUGGUGCACCAAGAUGGAAGCCUGCCUGACAUAACUAUGAUGAAUUUAACAGCCAGCAGACAAAAGGAAGAAGAUAAAAUGCUGGAAGAGGCUGGUGAGAAAAGAAUGGAAGAGCCAGAGGGGGAGGGAGGGAAAGGGAGGGUCAAAAAAGGAAAAGAAGAAGAAAAGGAAGAUGAGGACAAGGAAGAUGAUGAUGAUGAAGACAAUGAAUCAGAGGAAGAAGAAACUACAGACUUGAGGAACAAGUGGCAUCUGGUGAUUGACCGCCUUACAGUGCUGUUUUUGAAAUUCCUGGAGUAUUUUCAUAAGAUGCAAGUCUUUGUGUGGUGGCUGUUGGAGCUGCACAUCAUCAAAAUUGUUUCCUCUUACAUCAUCUGGGUCACAGUGAAAGAGGUGUCUCUGUUUAACUUUGUGUUUUUAAUUGCCUGGGCUCUUGCUUUGCCAUAUGCUCAGUUUCGCCCAUUGGCAUCAAGUAUCUGCACUGUUUGGACAUGUGUGAUUAUUGUCUGCAAAAUGUUGUACCAGCUCACAUCUAUUGAUCCCAGCACUUUUUCCAGUAACUGUACAUUGCCAGGAGAGAAUGAAACUAAGGUCAAUUUAGAAGAACUCAAAACCUCAGUCCUCUACAGUGGGCCAGUUGAUCCUGCAGAGUGGGUUGGAUUGAGGAAGUCUUAUCCCCUGCUUGUGUACUUAAGGAAUAACUUACUGAUGCUGGCUAUUCUGGCUUUUGAAGUUACAAUCUACCGUCAUCAAGAGUACUACAGAUGUCGAAAUAACCUUACUGCACCUGUGACUAAAACGAUUUUCCAUGAUAUUACAAGAGCACAUCUGGAUGAUGGACUGGUAAACUGUGUCAAGUAUUUCAUAAACUAUUUCUUCUACAAGUUUGGCUUGGAGACCUGUUUUCUUCUAUCAGUGAAUGUAAUUGGUCAACGAAUGGAUUUUUAUGCCAUGAUUCAUGCCUUCUGGCUGAUUGCUGUAUUGUAUCGACGCAGAAGAAAAGCUAUUGCAGAGAUCUGGCCAAAAUACUGCUGUUUUCUGGCAUGCAUCAUUACAUUCCAGUACUUCCUUUGCAUUGGCAUCCCACCUGCUCCUUGUAAAGAUUAUCCAUGGAGAAGUGGUAAUGCCAACUUCAACUCCAACAUCAUAAAGUGGUUAUACUUUCCAGACUUCAUUGUGAGACCAAACCCUGUCUUCCUUGUCUAUGAUUUCAUGUUGCUGCUGUGUGCAUCCUUACAAAGGCAGACAUUUGAGGAUGAAAAUAAAGCUGCAGUACGAAUCAUGGCUGGAGACAAUGUGGAAAUUUGCAUGAAUCUUGAUGCAGCAUCUUUUAGCCAGCAUAAUCCUGUUCCUGACUUCAUUCACUGCCGGUCCUACUUAGACAUGUAUAAGGUGAUAAUAUUUAGUUACCUCUUCUGGUUUGUGCUUACUAUAAUCUUCAUAACGGGAACCACAAGGAUCAGCAUAUUCUGCAUGGGCUACUUGGUAGCCUGCUUUUAUUUCCUUCUCUUUGGUGGAGAUCUGUUGCUGAAGCCCAUCAGGAGCAUUCUGCGCUACUGGGACUGGCUGAUUGCCUACAACGUCUUUGUGAUCACAAUGAAGAACAUCCUCUCGAUAGGAGCAUGUGGCUACAUUGAAUCAUUGAUUAAGAAUAGUUGCUGGUUGAUUCAGGCAUUUAGCCUGGCUUGUACAGUUAAAGGCUACCGUAUUCCAAGCAACACUCUAGAUUGUAAACUGCCCAGUGGAGAAGCAGGAAUCAUCUGGGACAGUAUAUGUUUUGCUUUCCUGCUGCUGCAAAGAAGAGUCUUCAUGAGUUACUACUUCCUGCAUGUGGUUGCAGAUAUAAAAGCUUCUCAGAUCCUAGCAUCAAGAGGUGCUGAGCUUUUCCAGGCUACAAUUGUCAAGGCUGUAAAGGCAAGAAUUGAAGAGGAAAAAAAAUCAAUGGAUCAACUGAAAAGACA